CUGCUGUCGGUAAUAUAUUGGCGAAAACGCGACAAAAUCGCAAGCGACCGAGAAACGUGGCGUGUAAAUGAAAAACGAAUCAGUGUAAGGACGCGCACAGCGGAAACUAGUUGUGGCAACGUGCGCCUGCAUUAUGAUUGUGUGUGUGUUUGUAGCUGAACAUAAGUGAGCGGAAGAGUGGCCAAACUUUGGCAGGAAAUUGCAGCAGAUUCAGCUGAAGUGCGUCAAGUAACACAAAAGAAAAAGAAUAUUUGUACACAUACGUAAAUAAAUGAAUGAUUGUGCGUGGGAAAAGGAUAAUACCAAGGCAGGACCAAGCUGUAAAUAAAAAACCGGAAACUGCGGUGGAAAUACCACCAAGCAUGGGAGAACUUUGUCUCUGCGGGUGUAUGUAUGUACAGGCGUAAAUAUGGAAAUUAACGGAGAUGAGCUCGAAGUAAAUUACAUUAAAGAAGUAAUAGUUCGCUCUGGCUGCUGAAAAUAUAUUUUCAAAACAAAUAAAGUUCUAUAAAAUCGCCUAUGAAAAUGACUACUCGUUGAAAAAAUAUCAACAAAAGUAAGCUAAAAUUAUAUAAUUGUGUACAUAAAAAGUCAGCAUAUCUACGGCCACGAAAAUAAUUGCAGCAACAACAGAAGCAGCAGAAACACAUCAAGUGAAAGCAUCCAUUGUUAAAAUGAAUAACCUGCAGUUACUAGCAUAAAAAAAAAUAUUAAAGCAAAAAGGAAAUUGUUUACUCAACAAACAACACUUGGCGAUAACUCUAGCAUCUGACGAUUUGCAAAUCAAUCACAAUAACGACAGACGCUCUUAUUCGACAGACCACGAUGCCAUCGCACUUUUAUCCUGUGUUGCCACCUAUUCUGCCGCACACACUCAUAUAACAAGUUGAGCGCAAAAUGUGGCUGACUGCGAAUGUGGUUACAAAGUGUUGUUGUUGUGCGUGAGUGUAAAAUCGAAACGAAUGUAUAAGCACAGGAAAAAUGCCUUUGCACGGCAAUAAACGCCAAAAACAACAACAACACUGCAGCAACAAUAACUACACCAACGAAAACCAAGCCAACGGCGAGAUACAGAAAGGGCAGCAACGACUAAAGUACAACGAUCGGGGAGAAAACAAAUACACAGAAGAGAAGCCAGAAAAGCAACAACAUCAAGCAAAAGAGCAACGGCAGCAGCAGCAGCGACAAAUUGAGCGAGAGAGCGACGGGCCCGCGCGCUUAGCGGUGGUGCAGGAGUGUAGAAAGCAAAUAUCUAUUGGCCUAGCAGAAACAAUUAAAACAGCGAGGAAGCACCCAAGAGAAAUUGUAGCGAACCCAACGGCGCUCGCAACAACAAAUAUCACCUAUAGACCACCACAUACGGGCAAGUAUCCAACUUCGUGUGCACCACAGCUGAAUUUCGUACCGUUGCAGCUCCACAUUCUGCUUCUUUUCCUCCUUUGCUGCACAAUGCCUCCACAAGUGCAAGCCGACUGGUUAAUGGACUGUGGGGAUUGUCUGUGUAAGUGGCAAUCGGGGAAGAAGACCGCCGACUGUAAGAAUCUCACCCUCAAUGCGGUGCCGGAAAAUCUGAGCAACGAAGUGCAAGUGCUCGAUCUCUCCUUCAAUCGUGUGGCCAUACUGGAACAGAAUGCCUUUUUAAACGCUGAUUUGCAUAAUUUACAUAAACUUUUCAUGCGCAAUGCGACGCUGCAGCAAAUCGAUCCACGCACAUUCACUCAACUGGAGAUUCUUAUCGAAUUGGAUUUAUCGAACAAUUUACUGCGAACACUGCAGGCUAACGUGUUUUCGCGUCUCGUAAAAGUACGCGCUAUUGUGCUAAACGGCAAUUUGCUGGAGUCGCUCGCCGAUGGUGUCUUCCAGAACCUAAAGUUCUUGCACAAGGUCGAAUUGAAGCACAAUCGAUUAGUGCGCAUUGGCCAGCAGGCGUUCGGGAACGUACCGCUGUUGUCGCAAAUAUAUUUGGAUAGCAAUCGGCUAAGCUUUCUACGUAAGGAGUCCUUUGAGUCGCUUAAACGGCUGACGGCGCUUUCACUCGAUUCAAAUCCCUGGAAUUGCACAUGCGAGCUACAGAUAUUUCGAGACUUUGUGCUGAAACGAAAUCUUUACACACCGCCCACUGCUUGCUAUUAUCCGGUACAUUUGCGUGGUAUGCUGUGGGUAGAGGAUCAACCUGAGGCGUUUGCCUGCAAGCCGCGUAUAAUUUAUCCCGCUCGUGGUGCUUCUAUCAAUACUUCAAAAGAGAAUGUCACGCUGGUGUGUCGCGUACACGCAUCGCCGAACACACUGAUAGCCUGGGACUUCAAUAGACAACAAUAUCGCGCUUCGACCAGCACCACCAGCAGCGGUAUCAAUACCGUCACCACUAGCAGCGCCAAUGGUGUCAGUUGUUGUGGCAGUGGUCAAGCGCAACGUGUGCAUAUCCAACUGCUGCGUGAUGAGCAAUCGAAGGAAAAAGAGUUUGGCCGUGAUAUAUUUAUUUCACGUCUGACAAUUGUUGGUGCGGAGAAGAGCGAUGAAGGAAUUUACACUUGCUUUGCAGAGAAUGCUGGUGGCAAGGACACAGUGCAAAUGAGUCUAUUGCUACAAAGGUCUGCUCCUCGCGAUCUGUUGCUGCAGGGAAAUUUAAUAAUUGUGAUUUCGCUGAUGGCACUGGGCUUACUCAGUGUCUCAGUGUUUCUGGCGCUCAUCACCUGCUGCAUUUACAAAAGAUUUAAGGCAAUGAGUCCCACACAUCACCGGCAUCAUCAUCAUCAUCUCGACGUAGCAGACCAAUUGACGCCCGGCAUGGAUGGUCAUCACACGACAACGACUACAUUGGCUGGAGGUACGGAUGUGGUGCUCGGUAUUGAGGACACAGUGAGCGGAUAUAAGCAUCAUUUGCAGAAGAAAAAUGCGAAUGGUGAUUUGUUGGAAGGUAAAAGUAGUCCGGGCAGUGGAGCUUGUGGGAAAUACACCGAGGUGAUAAAACAUGCUGCAACUGUGAUGGAUAAUGGUGGGUUGCUAAGAAGCGGCGGUGGUGGUGGCGGUGGUGCCGUGGAUGGCACCGGUGUGAACAGAGGAGGGCCGCAUACGGACAAGAUGUACUUGGAGCGAAGCAAUGAAGAUACGCUCCACAUCAAAUACCCGCAUGGACCGUCCGCAGUUGAAAUAAAUCGUCUCCUCAGUGCAACAUCAACAACAACAUUGGACAUGUCGCCUAUCGGCAAAGGUGGCCUCGGCAGUGUAGGUGGUAGCAAGUGGCGUACAGACUUACAGAGUAGUGAGGGUCAAUUGGGCGGCGGUGGAGGACGUACCGGCGAAUAUCAGCCUGACCUUCUCCCCGCGUACAGCACCCACAAAGCAGUCAACAAUAGUAACAGUAACAUUAAUGGCCAUGCCAACAAUGCGGCCAGCAAUCAGCAAGGACAGCUUUAUAGUCCGAUAAAACCAAUGAGGGCAGUAAAUCUACACGAUGACCAGCAAAUGUCACAACAACAACACCAAAAAACAUUGCAUGAACAACCCAAUGUGGCCAAAAGUAAAUAUAAUAUCAAUGCGCAAGAAUAUUUGCAGUCCAGGUAUGGUGCCGCAAGCAAACCCAGCGAAAAGACUUUGCGUCGAGGUGAGGCGAUUGUUGUGGCAACGACGACCAGCAUCGGACUCACCAGCACUGGUUCAAUGCCAACGACAACUGCGGGCGCAAGUGUCGCGACGCCACAGGCGGAAAGUGGCUUUUCGACGCUACAACGACAUAGUAAAUCAGUCGCACUAUCGCCGCGUACACCCACCGACUCACACUCUGUAACAGGACAUAGCAACAGUAAUAAUUAUGGGUAUGAGUACCGUCAACCUCCUCCGCCACCUUACAAUUCUGCACAUCGUACAGCCAGUGGCUUGCAGCUGUUACAACGCCGCACCAGCAUAAACAACGAGCAGAAUAGUGAGCAGACGAAUGCGACAAAAGAUCUUGGCUAUCGGGAGGCAUUGGUCGGCAGCAACUAUACUAGUGGUGGUAGUGGCGUGGGUGACGGUGCACGUCAGACCAUUGUGACAGCAUCCUCAUCACUGCAAUUCCUCACCACAACUGGCUAUGGUAGCAAUGUGGCGCCACAGCGACAACUACUUUGAUCAUCGACGCAAGCGGGUGUGCUGAGGUAGAACAUUGGGCGGCUGCUUUAAGUGGCGCUCUGAGGUGUGGUGGCUUGUACAGGCGGUCAAUAAUUUGGAAAGAAAAGGUGUUCAGCUGAUUAUGCAAUAUGGAAAAUUUGCGAACUGAGUUUCUUAGACAACGCCGCCGGAAGGAUAAAAAUUGUAUGGAAACGAAUUACUGUAAAUUUUAUCGGAAUAUAAAUAUUUUGUGCACGUAAAGGUUUGGGUGUCACAAUGAAAUUCUAAAAAAAUUGUUAUCGAAGUUUUUGUUUUGUAAAAAAAUUUACAAAGUAAAUCUGUAAGUCAUUAUUCAAUAUUCAGUAUAGAAAUGCUUACCUUACUUGAAUUAUUUUUUAUACAUUUGAAAUGUUUGUUUGUAUAUUUAUAAAUCCCAGCAGAAAAUGUAGCCAGUAAAGAUAAAAAAAUUGUGUCGCAUAGAAAGUAAUUCCAUCGAAUUGAAAGAAAUUUGACUUUAAGGGGUAGUUUCGCAAUAUCCCUGUUUUAAUUCCUCCUCUUUUUCUUGAUUGGUGCGAUAACCGCUUACGCCAUUUUGGCCGCGUUUAACAAAUCGCGCCAGUUGUUUGUUUCUCGUGCUAAUCAGCGCCAGUUAGAUACACCAAGUGAAGCCAAGUCCUUCUCCACCUGAUCUCUCCAACGCAGAGGAGGCCGCCCUCUUCCUCUGCUACCACCAGCUGGUACCGCAUCGAAUACUUUCAAAGCCGGAGCGUUUGUAUCCAUUCGGACGACAUGACCCAGCCAACGCAGCUGCUGGAUCUUUAUUCGCUGCGCUAUGUCUAUGUUGUUAUAGAGCUCAUACAGCUCAGUGUUCCAUCGCCUGCGAUACUCGCCGUCACCAACGUGCAAAGGUUC